GAUACGCUACCUGUUAGGUUUGUGAUUGGAAACCUGCUAGGUUGGUGUGUGUGUGAGCACAUGUGUGUGUGUGUGUGUGUGUGAGUUUGGCAUUAAAAAAAUAAUCGGCGGCCAUUCAUGUUGUUGGACUACUGCUGCCGGUGCUGUGGGACCACUCUGAUCAAACGGCAUGGCCACCUGCCAAUCAACAGCAAGCUGAGCGACACCUGGGUGGUUCUCCAGAACCUGCUGAUGUGCAUGGUGUGCUUCUACUCUCUCUACUACAUUGUGGUCAGUUUGUGCAUCGGCAUCCUGAAGGUGGAGGAGGUGGACAGUCUGUUGGCUCCGUUUGACUACACCACACAGCCGUCAUGGCACAACCCAAAGUAUUUAGUGAGCGUGAUCUCGACGGAGGUGACGUAUGUCCUGGGUGGGCUCAUCUUCGCCUGGAUCGUGGAGGAGUGGGUGUGGGAUUACGCCAUCACUGUCACGCUGCUGCACGUCGGCCUCACCGUCGCAGUCAUGGCUGACUUCCCGUCGACGGAGCACUGGUGGAUCGCUCUGGGUUCAGGGCUGGCCAUGAUGAUCUUUGGUGGGCAGCUGCUGGCGUAUCGACUUUUCAGGAAUAACUUUGUGCAUCCUGAAGAUCUCCAGAACUUCUGACACGCUGAGGAUUCUGUACAGUCAUGAAAUCUGUUUUUAUUUUGUAUAUUUUAUUGUUUCUACAGAAUGUAGCCCUAUUUUUAUUACUCGCACAUUAUUGACAUGCAAGCAUUUACCUGUAUUAAAGUAUAUGGAUUGUAAUUAAAGCGUCCCUGCAAGCUGUGUGGUCAGUACACGUGUGUGUAUGAGGCUUUAUGUCUGUAAACAAGCCUUCGA